CUCUCGGCACCUCUACUCUCGGUACCUCUACUCUCGGCACCUCUACUCUCGGUACCUCUACUCUCGGCACCUCUACAAGGGAACGGGACUUGCUCUCAGUGCACCGUUUACAACCCGCGGUACCUCUGUACUCGUGGUCCACCGGGGACAUCCGUCAGCACACGCUGUUCUCACUGAACUUAUCGCCGCCACAGCUGUCAGUGCGACCCAAGUCACGAGCAGUAACAUCGGUAGCUGUCGAGUACGCUCAACCAACCUCCGGUUAGCUACGUACGGUGCGAAAGAAGUUCACCGUACGGUACACACACGGGCAUCUCUGCCGGUACACAGUAUACUAUUGUCAUCGUCUGCCAGCGUGUGCCGAUCCCUGUGCUCUGUCAAUCGCGAACGCAUCGGAACCUCCCGGCGACUUGCAAACGAAGGAGGAGCGGCUCGGAGCGGCUGGGAGGUUGUCUCGUAACGGAACGGGGACGCGCACCUCUGUGCCCAUGCGUGGCACGUCUGGGCUGCCGGGACUUGUGGCUCUGCUGGGAUGGGCUGCAGUUAUCUUCUACCCGGGCGAAUCCUUGACCGAGACUCCGACAUCCAACCCCGUCUCUGCCUCGCCGCCGCCACCAUCGCCACCACCGACGGCUCCACCACCAACACCACCGACGCCACCACCACCAACGCCUCCUGUUUACCCAGGCGUCAAUUCGACCCCGGGUUCUGACCCCCCCUGUGCUGACUUCAAGCCGAGCUCGCUGAGCGAGCUUCUCUUCGGGGGAACGGAGCUGGACGUGCGAUUUCUGCUCUUCCCUCCGCGGGGCUCGCACCGCCACCCGCUAUGUGCGCUGCCGCUCCGAGUCGUCGUCGGAGAAGGAGGAGAACACGAAGAAGAAGACGAGGAGACGAUGAGGCUCAUCGACCCCGGGGCAACGACAUUCGUGCUCAUCCACGGAUACAGUGUGGGUGGCGUGGAGCCACGCCCCAUCUGGCUCGAUGAGAUGGUGUCUGAGCUUCUCGGGGCAACUCCAGACCCCCCCGGCACCAACAUCAUCGCCGUCGACUGGAAUCACGGCGCAACAAAUUGGUACCCGCUGGCGGUGCGGAAGACCCGGGAGGCGGGCAGGAUCAUCGCCAACAUGAUCACCACGCUCACGGUGCAACGGGGCGUGCAUGCGGAGCGUGUGCACCUGGUGGGAGUGAGCCUGGGAGCGCACGUCGCAGGCUUCACGGGCAGCUACUUCUCGGGGAGGAUCGCGAAAAUCACAGCCCUCGACCCCGCAGGACCCAAGUUCUCCCAGGCCGACCCCGAGGAGCGACUCGACCCGAGCGACGCGGCCUUCGUGGACGUCGUUCACACGGACGGCGACAAGUUUGGUAUUCGGCGGACCCUGGGCCACGUGGAUUUCUACGUGAAUGGCGGAGAGGACCAACCGGGAUGCCCAAAGACGACGCUCACAGGAGGAUUCACCGAGGACAUGGAGUCACCCGUGAUCUGCGACCACAUGCGCGCCGUGCGGCUGUGGCUGAGCUCCCUGCGCUCCCCGUGCGAGCUGCGCGCCUUCCCGUGCGACUCCGCCGCCGCCCUGGCCGCCGGACGCUGCCUCGAGUGCCGCACGGAGCGCACGGCGUCGUGCCCCCGCCUGGGCCUGCACUCCGCUGACGGGGUCUGUGCGGUGAGCGAGUCUGAGUCGAUCGUCCUUCACAUGAACACGGCCAAAGCACCCCCUUAUUGUGUCACCUAUUACCUGGCCCAGGUGGAGUCUCGUGACCCCGUGGUGCGGGGGUCGCUGUUCGUGCGUCUCCACGCUAACCGCUCGGUGACGGAGGAGGUGGCCGUCGUGCCAACCUCCAGAAACUUCAUGGAAGGACGCUCGGCGAUGCGUCUGCUGUUUGUGGAGGGCCUUCCGGGGCCCCUUGUUGCCGUGACCUUUCGUUUCCGAGGGCCUUCGUUCCGCCGCCUGUUCGUCUCCUAUCGUCUCCACAUCGCCCGCCUCGUCCUGUCGCCCUGGCCCAUCCACAACGGGGAGCGCUACUGCACCUACAACGUGAGCGUCCAGGAUGGAGCGCCUGCCCUGGCACCACUGGAACCCUGCAACCUGCAGAGAUAGCAGCACCCGACACAGGCCUCCCGUCCUCUGGCUCGGCCAUGGUGCCAGGCCAACCGGAGGGGUUGUGCCGUUCACCGUUCGGGGUUAUGGUCAACAACGGUCUCCCACCUUGUCCCCAGUAGACCAAACCCAGACACCAUUCUAAGUCAGCGCCCUCGGUUUAUUAAAACUAUAUCGAAUACUUUUGCAAAGGUCGACGCAAUAACACAGUGACUUCGGUAGUUAUACAUGAGUUGGUGCAACCUCAACACAGAUGCCAAUUGCCAGACUGUUUGGGCCAAAAGGAGAGGUCCUGGACCCUCACACCAAUCGGAACUGGGCAGCUCAGCAUCGUGUGUUCUGGCGAAUGAGUACAACCAGACCACUGCUGGGCAUCCUCACACUGAUUUAUGCCAGGGGCUGGAUAGACUUUCAACCCCCUUUGGCGUGGGCCACAAAUUAUUACAGAACUCAAAAGUCACUUCGACCAAUGCAAUAGGGUUUUGCAGUGACAGACGUGUCUGGCCCAUGGAUCAUAGAUUCUCCAGUCCUGAGUUAUGCUUUUUGACUAUUUGCACUCUCACGUCUGUAAAACUCUGCCGGAGCUGUCAACCCCGUAUCAGUGCCCUACCUUAUCACAACCCAAUUGAGACCUUAUUGGUCACCCCGUGCCCUUAUAAAUCUCAACGUUCAUCCUACAAAGUCUCACCACAAAAAAAGACUUUACUCAAUUUUUCCUGUACAAGAAUACGGGCAAAGAGUAUGGGUUGACCGCUAUGCUCUCACGCACAUGCAGGUGGACCGCUACUUACAAUGAAUUACGUUGUGGCGGCCCGAACUUUGGAAUUGAAGAUGCUUGAAAAAAACAUGUUUUAAAUACACAUAUGUAGGCCAUUUGGCACGAGCUCUUGGUAACGAGGGAAAAAAAAAACUCUUAAAAAUCACAACCAGGUGCUCGGUCAUAGCUUUGCGGUGACAAUAACAUUGCACUUAUACAGCGCCUUGCAGGCCAAAGGCAUCAAGAAGCACUUAACAAUCCCAGGGGGCCAGCCUCGCGUCGCAGCCUCGGGGGCAGUGCCUAAGAGCCCUUUGCUUGAGAAAGUGUGAGUUGCGUGGCGAGGGACACUGAAGGGCCGCCGAGUCAUUGACGCGUCUCGCUGCCACUUUCUGCCAACGUGGCCUCCCCAGUAGAGCCCCACGGCUUGGACAGAACUCUCCGUCGCGGCGUGGUCGGCAGGGAACAAAUGCACCACAAACAACCACUUGCGGUGGCGCAGGAUAUUUAUUCAAGAGCUUUUGGACAAUUCGUAAACAUUUUUAAGGCAAUUUGCAUUCUUGUCCAUUGUUUUUUUUUUAUAUAUGUCAGAGCGUAGUUUGUAUUGUUCUUGCAUGGUGAUUUAAACUAAUAAAUAGUUGAACUAC